CCAGAUGGCGCUACUACACACUACCCGAAGAUAUGGCUAAUCGGAUGCGUACAGUACACAAACAGUUAAAUUGUUUUAAAAGUUUGUUUGUAACGUGCAGAUACGUUUCUAGCCAUGACAGCCAAAGAUUUAAUCAAUCUAAGACCGAGACGCAUUUUGGCUAUCAGACUGUUGUAGAAGAUGAGAAGGAGGAGCGAGUGUAUGAAGUAUUCAAGAAUGUGGCAGACAAAUAUGACCUCAUGAAUGAUGUUAUGAGUGCAGGCGUACAUCGUCUAUGGAAGGACUAUUUCAUGAGUCGUUUGGCACCGACGAGCGAAACCAAUCUAUUAGACGUUGCAGGAGGAACAGGUGAUAUAGCCUUCAGAUUCUUGAAUUACGUGAAGUCGAGCACAGCUGAGGCAUACGACUUCAGCGACUCGAAGCUCGAUCUUGAUGCAGAUGAUGUGGUGGUCGAUCAAGAGCCGGAAAAGCCGGAUGCUGUUAACUCAAUGGGUAGUGUAGCAAAGCCCCAUGUGACUGUCUUGGACAUUAAUCAGAACAUGCUCGAUGUGGGCAAGAAACGUGCAAAGGAAAGUGGCAUCCACAAAGGCAUGAGUUGGCUGUGUGCCAAUGCAGAGAAGCUUCCGAUACCAGACAACAGCUAUGACGCGUACACGAUAGCGUUCGGCAUCAGGAACUGCACACACGUAGACAGGGUUCUAACUGAAGCUUACAGAGUGCUGCGCCCUGGUGGCAGGUUCAUGUGCUUGGAGUUCAGCCACGUUGAGAAUCCAGUUCUAAGACGCUUCUACGAUACCUACUCGUUUGAGGUUAUCCCCGUGAUGGGGAAGCUGAUCGCAGGGGAUUGGAAAUCCUAUCAGUAUCUAGUCGAGAGCAUCCGCAAGUUCCCCAACCAGGAAGAUUUCAAACUGAUGCUGGAGGAUGCAGAGUUCAAGAUGGUCAGCUACGAGAACCUGACUCUGGGCGUCGCGGCCAUCCACUCAGGAUUUAAGUUGUGACCCCGAGUUUUGGCCUUGCAAACACCAACACAGGCGCGAAUUCUCACUGUGCCCCGUCCCAGCACCCGGGCUGGGGAACAGAACACCUGAGCAGAACCCACGCGCAGUGCCUAGCUAAAUUCGGUUGGAAGGAGUUUCUCUAAUCAGGCGUCGUAGAAUUUAGUGUACAUAAAACUUAAGAGCAGUAAAAUCGAUAACUGCGCGCAUGCUUGCGGAAUAGGUUAUUGAUUCUUUCCGCCGGGCGUGCUGCGCAGGUCUGCCUUUCUUCCCUCACCAGGGACUGUUUCUAUAGAGUUUGCCUGCAAACGUUUUCCGGCGGAAUGCAGCAUCCACUUGGCAGUAGCGUACAUCUAUGCCAUUAUGGUCACAGUUACGGUCACGAUGAUUUCAGUAAAAUUAUACACUUGCUAUACAUUUCCUAUGCACGAGAAGUGAGGUAGUUUUUGGAUCAAGUACGGCUAGUUUCCUUAAAGCCGCACAAUGCGCAUCCAAACGCUAAUUUCUCCAGUACUAGACUAGCAAAUACUUCGUGUCAUGCA